AUGGACGGUGCUUGGAAACUCUUAGCUAAGUCCCGGGAAGUGCUUGGAAAAGCUAAGGGGGCAGUGACCGAUGCUGUAAGAGCUGCAGCAGCAGCAGCAGGGAGAGGAGAGGAGUACUUAAGUGGCAGUGGUGGUAUUGACGAUCUGGAUACAAGUGGUGGCGGUGGUAGCACCACCACCGUUUCCUCUCCAUCCCCAGCACCAGCAGUAAGAGUCUCAGGGGGCUCGUUGAGAAAGCUCCAAGCGGCAACUGCUGUGGGUGAUGGUUCCGUCUGGUUUGGGUUCAGGUCCGGCGCGCUGGUUCGGAUCGACAGGUUCGGGGCGAGAAUGCAGGAGGUGGGGUUGGAUGCGGGAGUGUGCUGUCUCUGUGUUGUGGGGUUGAGGCUUUGGGUGGGGAUGGCGGAUGGGGGGAUAGUAGUGCUUGGGGCGAGGAAUGGAAGGAGAUUAGGACUUGUCAUCCCUGGUGGCAGUAUUAGCAGCAGUAGUAGCGGCAGUGGUGCCGCCGCUGACAGUAGCAGCUACAGUACCUCCACAACAACGGUGGGCCAGUUUGUCUUAUCCGUCGCAAAAAAUGGCGAAGUUUCAGCUUGGCCCUCCACCCUCCCCUCGCCGCCCCUGGAAUCCGCACUACACGCCGCCCUCGCCGCCCACUCCCAGGCAUUCACUAAAAGACGAAAGCUGCAAGUGGCAACUGGAACAUGGAACGUGGGGGAGGAGAAACCCGACGGGGAGACUGUCCAGGCUUGGCUGGGGGAGGUGGCUAGAGGGGCGGAUGUGGUUGCAGUGGGGCUGCAAGAGGUUGAGAUGGGUGCAAGGGCCAUUGCCCUUGCUGCAGCGAAGGAAUCGGUCGGGAUGGGUUUGCAGGAGAAAGAGAGCGGUGCUGCGCAGGAGUGGACUGCGGUUAUUCGGAAGGCCCUUGGUGCUGCUGGUUCUGCUGCUGGGGGUGGUUCUUCUGCUGGUUCUGCUGGUGCUUCUGCUGGUGGUUCUUCUGGUCUUACUGUUUCCUCUGACCCUUCCUCUCUCUCUGCCUCCUCCUCUUCCUCCUCUUCUGCUGCUGCCUGUGCGGAUGAUGGUUUUGUGCGAAUCGCGUCGCGACAGUUGGCCGGCAUGCUGCUGACUGUGUGGGUGCGAGAGUCACUCCUUCCGGACGUAUCCAACGUGGAGACCGGAGCCGUGGCACUUAUGAGGCGCCUCCAAAAUCUUCUCUCUGCCUUCCUACCUCAUCCUGCCCUACCCCACCGUUUCUUUCUCUCAUUCAGGGUGCGAGAGUCUCUCCUUCCGGAUAUAUCUGACGUUGAGACGGGAGCCGUGGCGUGCGGUUUCGGCCGAGCGCUUGGCAACAAAGGAGGGGUGGGCGUGCGCAUGACAAUAUGCGGGCGCGUCUGCGCAAUCAUCAACUGCCACCUGGCAGCACACGACAACGCGACAGCUAAGCGCAAUGAGGACUGGCAUCGCAUUUACACGAGCAUGGAGUUUGGACGAUCUAUGGGUACCGUGGGCACUGCUGCCACCAAUGCAGCUAAAGCCGCUGGAGAUGAGGCUGGGGAAGGGAGAGGGUGGGAGAAAGGAGUGAGGGUGUAUGGUGAGGUGGGUGCAGGGGGGAUUGGCAUCGGAUUCACACAAGAAUGGAGUUUGGACGAUCUAUGGGGACUGCUGCCAGCAACGCUGCCAAGGCUCCUGGAGGUACAAAGGGGGACGGACGGACUGGUGUGUUGGGGUGGGUGGGUGCAAGGGGGACUGGCAUGGCAUUGCGUUUACACGAGCAUAGAGUUUGGGAGAUCCAUGGGGACUGGUGGUACUGCUGCGACUCGUGCAGCUAAAGCCGCUGGAGCUGGCUUCCAAUCGGCUGUUCAAGGUUUUGUGAAGGCUGCAGGGAGGGGCGUGGGGGGGGCGGCAGGGGCGGCAGGCUUUGUCCCCAUCUCCAGCACUCAAGGCACCGACGUGUCGGGCUCUGAUUGGCCAAACGCUGCAGCUGGUAUCAACAGCAGUUCCAGCAUUGGAAGCGUUGAUUCAUAUGCUGAGAGCGAUCUGCUCAUUUGGAUGGGCGAUUUGAACUACCGCCUUGACGGGAGCGACCUGCUCAUUUGGAUGGGCGACUUGAACUACCGCCUCGACGGGUGUUCAUACGACGAGGCAUGCAGCGCCAUUGCAAGGAGGCAGUACCCGCUGCUGCUGGAGUGUGAUCAGCUGAGGGCGGAGAUGAAGGCAGGGAGGGCGUUUGUGGGCAUGCAGGAGGGAAAGGUUGACUUUGCCCCGACCUACAAGUUUGAUCGUGGGACGUUCAACCCCCUGGGUGAGUGUUUUUUCUGCUUGUUGAAAGGGGAGAUGAAGGCCGGGAGGGAGUUUGUGGGUAUGCAGGAGGGGGUGGUUGACUUUACACCGACCUACAAGUUCGACCGUGGGACGUUCAACCCUCUCGGUGGGUGUCUGUUCUGGUUUCUCCUGGUGUUUUCCCUCCCUUCUUCUCAGACCCCUCUAAUCCCUCCAAUUUCCAUCCAUCCCAUGCCAAUCGUCCCUCCCCAUCCCUCCCAGUGUAUGAUUUCCGCGUAUGAUUCCGGUGAGAAGCGAAGGGUCCCUGCCUGGUGCGACCGCAUCCUCUUUAGAGACAGCUUCACUAGCAGCAGCGGCGCAUCCCAGAGUGGUGAAACAAGCAGGAUCGAUUCGUCAGGCCCGAUACGGGAUGGUAGCGGUGGCAACACUGGUGUGGCCAAGGGGAGAACCUCUCUCUCCCACCCUGUUUCAGUCGAAGUUCUACGCUACACAUCCUGCAUGGCGGCCUUUCAGAGCGAUCACAAGCCCGUCACUUCCCUUAUGCAAGUCACAGUUGCCUGCCCUGACGCUGCUGCUCAGAGAUCCCUGGUUACCCGCCUCCUCGCAUCUCCACUCCUCUCCACCCCUCUCUCCUCCACUAGCACCACUAGCUCCGCCACCCCCACCCCUGCCACUGACCUCCUCUCUUUAGCUCCUGGAGGUAACCUCUCCCCUGCUGUCUCUUCCUUUGAAACUCCCCCUCUUGCCUCUCCUCUAGCCUCCCCUCUCUCCUCCCCUCUUGAGGCGCCACAAGAAUCAUAUCCCCCUCUCAGCUCGCUGCUACGGCGAAUGGCAGCAUCCCAACGCUCCUCUCUCCUUCCAUCGAGCACUUUUGUGAGAAUAGACCUGGCUUCGGGAAGAGCUUCGGUCAUGGUGAGCAAUAAGGGUGAUAAGAGCACAGGGCAUCCGAUGGGGUUUAGAGUGGUCUGCGAGGGUGAGGGUGUGUUGAAGGAGGAGGAGGUGGUGGAGGGACGGAAGGACGGGGAGAAGAGGAUGGGAGGAUCUGGUACUGGAAAUGACAUUGGGGUGACUACAGGUGGAGAUGUGAUUACAAUGGAAGAAGGGUUGAGAUGCGAUUGGCCUAUUUGGCUGCAGGUGCAACCUGGUUCAGGUGUUAUCCCGCCUGGGGAAUCCGCUACAGUGGAAUUCACCCUUAGACACUCAGAAGGCGUAGCAGCGGCGGAGCAAAGCAAAGAAGGCAUGAAGCCUGGUAGUGGGGUCGGCACGCCGCUACAUGACACAACAGGUCCCUCCAAUGGCUGUGUCCUUGUAAUGGGAGUGACCACAUGGGGACCCACAGCGUUGACUCUGAGGACGCAUAGAUUCGGCCUGGUUAUUCCGCAGUUUGUUUAG